AAAUCCAUACUUUUUGAAGCACCAAACAUCCUUGAAGUGUGUAAACCAAAAAGAAAUCCAACAUGAGUUACCAAAAGAUGUACAUGAAUCAAAUAUACUCAAGUUCCACUAUGAGCUACCUGACCCAGAUGUGGAAAAAUCAACUUCUGUGUGAUGCUGUCAUUAAAACAGGUUCAAUCAACACUAAGGCACACAGGCUUGUACUGAUAGCAGCCUGCCCAAUGCUGCAACAUCUAGAGAAUGCAUCUCUAGGAUCUCAUUUAGAAGUCAGAAUGGCAGCUGACAUUAAACAAUCCUCGGUCAUCUCGUUUCUGCGCUACCUUUAUGAGGGUUUCAUGACGCUUACAGAAGAAAACUGCAGAGACAUUGAAAAAAUGGGAAAACUUUUACAGGUUGAAAGUGUUGUUAAAUGUUGCUCAGAUUUCUACAAGUGCUUAAGUGAUAACACUGGAAUGAAAAUGGGAAGUGGGCCUCAAAUGAAUUUCCAGGACAGUGUUGAAUUCCGCCAUGUGAGAACCUCAGACUUUCAGAAACUAGCUCAAGAUAUGGGCAUAAAGAGGUCACUUGAUUCUGCGAGUCCCAGUGGAAAGCGACCAAGAGUACAGCGAGUGGAUGACAGGACCACCAUGAGUCAGGGCUAUAAUAACUCAGCAGAUGUUGUAGAAAUCAUAGAAGACAGUUUAGAAGUAGUUCACAAGGAGCCAGCCCUCAGAGAUUCUGAAGGAUGGCCUAAAGAAUCAGAAUUACCACCAAUCAGAACAUCACAGUCAAUAUCUGUAGCCUCUACUAGUCAAAUAUCAGCAAACUCUGACAUUCAAAUAGUUAAUGUGGAGGAAGGAGAUUCAAGAACUCAUGCCGUAAAUUCUUCAGCUGACAUUUCAAUACAUUCCUCAAGUGCUAGACACGAACAGUCCCCAUUACGAGAUAUUCAUUCAUCAUCUUCAUCAUCAUCCUCAGACAGAGUUUCAUUUGAAUCCACAAGGAGGGAUCAACAGAGAUAUUCAGACCUCUCUAAUUUUGGAAACCAGCCACCAGGACCAUCAACUCACACACGUACAUCAGAAUCAUCAUUUUCCCCAAGUUCAGCCAAGCGCCCACAAGCCUCCAUUCCAUCUCACUCAACUCCAACAAUUAACCCACCGCCACUCUCAACGUUCACACCAAAAAUGCCACCUCUUCAGCCAAAGCCUUUUGCUGUUGGAAGCGCAGUGCAGGCAGCAAGCAUGCCACAGCCAACGCCAGCAAGACCUGCCAUACCAAUUCCAGGAUCUUUAACUGCAGUGCAGCCAGUAUCUAGCCAGAGUCCAGGAUCAAGUUCUAGUCAAGACAGUCGGACCCAGGACAGAUUUCAGAAUAAAGGAGCCAGUGGAAGCAGCCAAGUCAUUCAGCAACAUUUAUCUAACACACAAGCUAGUCAGAAUAUAGAAAAACUCUUGGCUGGCGAAGGGUCAUCUGAGCAAAGUGGUAAAGAGACCUCAAGUUCCUCAGACCUGGCUCCUGAUAUAAGCUUUAUCAAAGUGGAGGAGUCGGAUACUGGUGGAUUAGAUAUGUAUGUGGAUAUUCCAGAUGAUGCCAAGGGAGCUCUACUGAGCAGUCAGGAUGAAGGGGAUGACGACACGGGAGAAAUUCCAUAUGAAUGGACGCGGGAUGAAUCCAACGAAGGCAGCAAUCUAAGCGGAGAACAAAACAUGUCUCUCUCUGGUCAAGAGGGAGCGUUUCAAGGAUUUUCCAAAGCACGGCUUAAAUCAUUUAGGCGACUGAGUGGUACUCCACUGAAAGCCUCGUCAAAGACAAUAAGAAAACUACUUAACACUGGCUUCAGUCUCUAUACUUGCUCAACCUGUAGGAAGCAGUUUAAUAGUGAAUCUGACCUCCAGAAUCAUAAGAUGGCGUGUUCCAUUACCUGCAGGGUGUGCGGAAAGAAAUUUUCCACGCGGGCAAACACUGUCAGACACAUGAAAACCUAUCACACAACAUUUCGUGCGUUUGCUUGUCCGUACUGUAACCGCUCGUUUAAGCACAAGUGUCAUUUAAAGGAUCAUUUAGAAAAAUGUCGUAGUGCUCAAAAAUGAAAAAAAAAUUCUGUUGUUGAUAUACUAAAAGUUUUAUUACGUUGUUAUUUGUUGAACAAACUCCCAAUGGUUCCUCUGUUACAAAAAGUUGUUACAGCUGAUGAUGAAGCAAGAAAUGCAAUGCAUUAUUAUUCUAUCUUAUAUUAAAAAACAAAAAUCACCUAUUCUGUUCUACUUUCUUCAGUCUGAUACUGGUAUAAGAACUUGCUGUUAAAUAUUGGUAAAUGAUUACUGCUAUAUUGAUUAAUUUCAAUAUAGACUGGAAAACAUUGAAUUAAAGAAUGUAAAAAAAAAAACCCAUCCCGGUAUUUUGAUUAAGGGUUCAGGUUCAGUUUGUCUGGUGUUUAACUUGAAGGAUUUGAAAGUAGAUUGUUGACUUUUUUGUUGUGAUCAAAUUUGUCUCUCUCAUCACAUUGAUGCCUUAUAAUUCUGGUUUUUGGUUUGUUAAAUAUCAAUUAGUUUGGUAUUUUAAAGGGUGAAAUGGCAAGGGUUGACUGGUUGUUU